CUGAUCCUUCGAAGAAGUGGUCCUGAUAUACCAUAGUCGGAUAGUUUACAUCAUGUCAGUCUUUUAGCAAUAUCAAGUACAGUAACGUUAAUAGUAGUGACCAGUGACCACCCCACCAAUGAGGGUAGGGAGGGAAGCGUACGUCUGGCAGUCCUGCAACCUCUAACCUAUAACUCGACUGUAAACAAACCUCCUCACCUGUUUGUUGGCCUUACCUUCACUGUGUUGGACUGUAGCAGCGUAGCCGGGGCCUCCGGCAGCACCAAAUAAGCAGAGCACCUGCUGGCACGCUAGGUGAUGUGAAAACUCUACAUUAACAUCAUGGAAGGACAUGUGGCACACUUUGACUCAGACAGGGGAAGCUACUCAGCAUCUUCAUCAGGCCAAUCAGAGGAAUCUUAUGGAUAUGAGGAUGCUGAAUGGCUGAAGCAUGUGGAACCAGAUGGAUCAUUGCUUUAUGUGGAGUCAUACGUCUCAAGCACUGUACGAGAAAAACAAGCACAAGCUCUGAAGGCUGCUGGGACAUCAGAAAGGAAGCCUGCUUUUUCUCUUCCUUCAAAAGAUAUAAAAAAACAGAACAAGUUGCUGGGACUGUUGAAGAGACGUCCCAGUGUUCGAGUGAAAGGCAGUCCUCGGAUUGGACUUGGUGGGGAGGUUGGUACCAAGAGUGGAGCUGAGGUAUCCCCUGCCCCUAAAGUGACUUUCAGGGACAAUCCAAGUGGAGAAGUGAGGAAGGUGAAGCUUCAAGUUUAUGAAGGUGGAAACAACCUUGGGCGACGGGCUAGUCUAUGUGAAACUGUGCUUGGCCUGGUACCAGGGAGGUUUAGUGAACCUCCAGACUCAAGAGUGAUGGUGGCAGGGCUGGUACCUGGGUCACAAGCUCUCAGAAAUGGUGCAAUUAAAAUUGGUGAUUGGCUGAAAGAGGUGGAUGGAGCAGACAUCACAUGGGACAACUUGGAUGAGGUGUUGGCUGAACUGCAGAUUCCAUCUCUGAUCACUAUGUCAGUUCAGAAGUGUGCCUCAGAAACCCUCCCUGAUGAAACAGGGAGUGAUCACAAGAGGGUGACUCAAACCCAGUUGGUGAAAGUUGUGACAGGAACAGGGGGAAGUAACUCCCCUCCCACACACCUUCAAGAGCUCCCACACACACUCUUGUACCUCAGCCUUGUUGGAGUCUCUGAGGACUCUCCAGAUGGUGCUGAUAUAAGGUACCAGUUUCCCAACUGGAGCAACAAGCUGGUGAAGGUGCGAGGAAUGUUUAUUACUGCGGCUCACACUGUGCAGGAAGUUGCUGGUGCACCUGCUCUUUGUUCUACUGUGUGUGUGGAUGGAGAGUAUUACCACGUGGCCUAUACCAGAGAACAAAAUGAUGUCCUUCUUCUGGCCUUACCACAUGCUUAUUGGCUGAUUUUGCAUGACCAUGAAGGAACAAAGCUUCAAAUUGACAACUGCCUCAGUGAACUUGAGUCUGGAGAUUUUGGAGAUGAGGACACAGACUGUGAAGAUUCUCUCUCCCUCUACAACAUUAUAGGAUCCUGCCUUUUCUACAAGGGUCUUUUGGUGGCAUCUCACUUGUCUCCUGAGGAGAUGCGCCUUGUGUGGCUUUUUACUUCCCACCAUGGGCUGCUCUCCCUCACAGCUCAAGAAUCUGUGAGUCAGCUGGUGGGAUGGAGGCGUGUAUAUCUUCCAUUAGAAUGCAGCCAAGAUGUCUCCUCCCCAGCUGUUCACUACCUAUUGUUGUCUGCCAUGAAUCAUUGCUUGCUAGGUGUGCUUCUGGAGACGGGGAACAUUACAGCUAUGCUUGAUGAAGAUGCUGGACCAGACCCUUUCUUAGUUGACCAAAUAGAGGCUUCACUGUACCAUCUUCAUGCACUUCACAUCAAUACUACUUGUGAGGAGAGUUUGACCAAUGGUGGGAUUGAGACCAUCUCUGCUGAUGACAGAUUUGGAAAAGGGACUCCUAGCAAGAAGCCUAAAGAUAGGACAGAUGGUGUUGAAGGUGGACUACGACUGCCAGAUGUACCUUCUAUACUCAAGCAGAAAUCUUCAGCACCAGUUGAACCUGCACUUUAUAUAGGAGAGCAUGGUGGGAAUGAAUGGGAAGAAGAGGCCAGUGAAGAUUCUAUUGCUCAUAGUUCUCAAGACUCCUCUCUUGCUGCAGAAGAGGAUGGGAGAGAAGAUGAACCAGAUGAUGAUUCAGAAUCUGACUGGAGGAUAUUUAAGCCCACAGAGAGCAGAGGGCUCCAUCAGUAUGACUUCGAGAUGAAAGCACGAUCCUCUAAAGCUCCAACCUCUCCCAUAAGAGUGACAUGUGGGAAAGAAAGUGUUUUGUUUCAUCUGGUGCAGUUAGAGGUUGGAGAAGGAGUGUUGAUCCAGGCCCACAACUCUACUCCUAGCAUUUCUUCCUCCUCAUCACCUAGCGAUACCACUGCACCUCUACAUGCACAAAUCCUUCACAAUUUUCAAACAACUUGUGGACAUAUUCAUCAUGUAUUGCAAGCAGCUGUUCGUUGCAAGGAUACAUGUGGAGGGUACCAGGGGAGCUCAGCACUGAACACAAUCAAGGAACAUGGGGUUCUGUUUACAUGCUCCCCACCCACUACAGAUGGUGGUAAAAGACGAGCACAGACCUUCUCUUAUUGGGUAGUUGGACGUCUUCUGGCAGCUCCUUAUCAACGAGAGGUUUAUGUCUGCUACCACGAAUCAGUGCCACAAAACCUCUUAGAAAUGGCCUUCAGGGUAUCACUUGGCUGUGUGGUGUGAAAUUCAAAGCAAAGCUAUGUGCCAAAGGUGUUAAGUGAGCUUUGCUGACUGAAUUCCCAAAUCGGAAUUAAGUGUUAUUAUAGAGGUGAAUGCAUGUUUUCAAACGUGGAAAUAUGUAUUUUAGAAAUCUAACUAAUGUACAUACAUUAAAACAAUAUUUUUUUAACAGUUAAUACUUAUCUAUCAAAUGUUAGGUGUGACUUUACCUCAUAUUCAUCCUCUAUACUCCCACUGCCAUAAUUCUUGAACAAACUUAUUUUUACAUUGGUUCUGUUUCCUUGAAUGAUAUAUUGUUAAUUUUGCAUUUGUUUUCAGAUAUGUUUCAAACUUUUUUUAGCAUCACUUGCAAUAUCCAUGAUCAGAUCUGCAGGAUUAAUGCUUUAUUUCUUUUUGUGCUGUAUUUUUAUUACUUGCCCAUUAUCAGACUGUGCUUAUCUUUUCUUUUAAUUUUCAUAUUUGCAAAUUGUUUCCUUUUUACAAAUUGUUUAAUAGGAAAUGUGGCUGUACUCCAAUAAUUUAAUCUUCUUUAUUAGCUUAGGUUCUGCCACAGGUGAUAUGUGUGGCAAGAGUAUAACCCAACACUUUUUGCCAAUAUUUUUUGGCAAUUUAUUUGGGCACACAUGCAUGGGAAUGUAUGUGGAUGCAGUAGAAUUGCUGUGAUACAGUCAUACAUUUUGCUUUGCAUGACAAUUUGCCCUCUUUUAUUUGGUGACGGCUUCAACUGGCUUCUCAACAUUGUCUCUUAUUCUAACUUUUCAAGAUUACACAUUUCAGCUGUUGAGCAUGUGUCUGUGUCAUUGUCUAAAUCAUUGAUAAUUUGAUAAGAGAUGAACAUUUGCCCAUUUGUGUGAGAAUAAUGCUCAAGCCAGUGUUUAAUUUGUUCUUAGGUUCUUACAACUCACGUGCAUUCAUAGCCAUGUAAAAAAUUUUAGUUCUGCAUUUACCUGUUUUGAGAUUUGUGGAAGGGAUUGGAGUAAUCUUGUUGUUUUCAGUGUAGUAGUUGCAUUGAACUCCUGGAUGUGUUGAUAUAACUCAAGGUAUUGUGUGCAUGUUAAUAAUAGCACUUUUCAGGAGAGAUUGUAGAAGUCAUGCAAGUCUUGGUCUUGUUCCUAAUGUGGAAGUCUGGCAGCAUCUGAUUAAGUUUAAAAACUUAAAAAAAAAGAUGUGUCCAUCCUUACAUGAGUGUUCCAUUAGGUCUAGCACCUGUAUCAAAAUUUUUCCGUCCUCCAGCACAAUGAUUACUAUUUUGAACAGAUAAAAAAUGUGGCUAGUUGUUUUAAGGUUAAGAUUCUUAUAGUACAAUGCUUUUAUUUUUUGGUUAUAUUUAUUGAUAUGCAUUAAUGUUUUGUACCUUACCUUUUUGCCUCUUUUUAUGCUGUGCAAUGUAUCUUUCCUGUUAGAGAUUUCUUUAAACAAAAUAUUGAUUACUGCACAGAAAGUUGUCUCCAUAGUGUGAGCCUUGUCUUUGCCAUUCUGACAAUUGGUAAAACAGUGUGCCAUACUGCCUUCAAAGGUGAACUGAACUAAGAGUCUUGGAAUAUAUUAAAAAAAAAAAAAGUGCAGCAUCAAGCCAGAAAGUUUGGUUCUCCAUCUAGUAGUUGAUGAGAUUGUUUUUGAUGGUGUCACUCAUGAAUAUCGCUCCUUUUAGGAUGAUCUCAUCUUCUUGUUCACUGCCAUGUUUCCAGCCUGGCCUUGAGUGUUUCAUUCUGGCUAUUGGGCAUGAGUUUUGGAUUAAGCAUGAAGGCUUCCUUGAUGUUUCUUCCUUUGAUCUUAGCUUUUUAGCAGAUUGUUGUACUGCAGGUAGUGAUGUUGAUUGAUAUGUAUAUCUUUGUCUGUGAUUACUGCCAGCCAAGACUGUUCUCUUUGCCCUUCUCUGACUUCAGACAUAAAUUUCACCACAAUCACAUUUUUCACUAUACAUUCUCUCAGUAGAAUAUGGAACUGGUUAGUUUGAAAUGUUGAUGAGAGGAUGCAGUGUCUCAAGUAAAAAAAAUAGGAUCAACAAAUUAAUAACUUGCUGUCCUAUGUGUGAAAGCCUUAUCAUUGAAGCUACCACUUGAGGACAACAUUUUUAACUUCAUCUUGUUAAGUAACAGAAUAGUAAAAUAGUUAAGUGCCUGGUUAUUUAUUUACUGUAUUGAGUUGUUUUGUAACUUUUGCAGUUAUUUAGUGUUGUUGAUGGCUUUACGAAUCUUGUAAAUGUUUUGAUUUUACUUUAUAAAAGUUAUACAUAUAUUUGCUGUUGUAAUUGAAUUAUAA